AUAGUUGCGAGAACAGAAAAAAAGCAGUUAACAAAAUGACAAAAGUUGUAGCAGUCAGUGUCAACUGUCAGUAAACGCUUCUCAAAUUCUCACUGACGAUCUAACAAAUUAUAUUGUUUUCAAUACAAACAAUUUGUUCUCAAUAACUCAGCUUGGUGGCCUGUGAACAUGGAGAAAAGCAGCUAUCCUCCUCCAUAUGGUUUUAAUAGCAGGCACAUAACGCAACCCCCUCCAUCGGCCCCGCCUAGUUAUUCCCAGGCUGUCGGGGGAGUGGGACCUUCUAGCCCAUAUACUCCACAAUACCAUCCUUCAUCAGGUCCUACAAUAGUGACAACAGUAGUACCAGUGGGACCCCAACCAACUCACAUGAUAUGUCCAAGCUGCCAUUCUGAAAUAAACUCAGAAACACAGACUAAGCCAGGAAUUAUUGCUUAUAUAUCUGGAGCCGUCAUAUUUAUGCUAGGGGGUGUUUUGGGCUGUUGCUUGAUCCCAUGCUGCAUAGAUAGCUGCAUGGAUGUUCACCACACAUGCCCCCAAUGUGAUGCCUACCUUGGACGCUACAGGCGAUAAGUUUCAAGUAUUUCUUUCAAUAUUAAAGAUAUUUAAAUGUUCAAAACUGACACAAGUAACAGUCAUUUGAUUCCACCAUCUCACCAUUCUUCAUAUUUAAAACUGUAACUGCCCUUAGAUAAUAAUUAUACCAGUGUUCAAAACUUUAAAGCAUCACACUUAGAAGAUGUAAUAGAUUCUUUAGGUAAGAAAAAAAUUGUUUUAAGAUCUGUGUAUACUUUAAUAUAUUUGUUUGUACCUAUGUACUUGAAAUAAUGAAUCACAUCUUCUAGUCUAUUUAAUCCAUUAUAUUUUAUAAAUACGUAGAUACAUUUUAUGGAGACAUUUUUAAAUUUUUAUUAUAUUUAUAUUACAAAUUGUAUACACAAUAUCUUUUUUUUAGCAGCUAUACUAAUAUGAUUAAGGUUUGAUCUCUGUUUUUAGAUGACCAAAUCAGCUAAGUGCCAUAGCAACUGGACUAAAACACUCCAUAAUGUUGACAUGAAGUGUUGUCUUGUUUUUUCAAUAUCUUUUAAUAAUUAUAUAGAUAUUAGCUUGUCUUUUUAAGACUAUCAAGUGCACUAGGUAAUAAUUAAUAAAUGCAGCUGUACUCAUGGCUGUUUAUAUGGAAACAAUUGUUGCAUUUAAGAGAGCAACAGGAAUAUUUGAUCUCAUUGCCUCUGUGAACAGGAUGUUGUAUUAGUUUGGGAUUAAGGAUUAUCUAUUGCAAUCAGUUUAUGCCAGAUUAGCUUCGCACCCAUCUAGAGACUUAAAACUACAAAACCGGUUCUAAAUUAGUUUGGUAUACAGACUUAUUAAUACCUAGUAACAUGCUAGCCAGAUAGCUGUAUUUAUUCAUUAUUACGCUGUAAUUAUUCCAGGUAAUUUUAUGUCUUUAUUUGAGUAUUAUGCAAUUAUGCUCACAAACAAGAUCUUUGAAUUUACUCGAAUGUUCUUGCACUUUUUGUGACUCUUAAGAGUCCUUUAACUUCCAAUAUGGCUUAACACCUUUAGGAAUUUAGAUUUUUUUACAGUGUUUGUAAGACAAGAAUUUUAGAGGCUUAUAUUUUUACCACUUGGGCAAUAGAAAUUAAAUACUAUUUUAAUUCAAUGUCUAUGAAAUUCAAUAAGUAUUUGAUUAUCGUCUGUUAUUUUCAAAGCAAAAUAAGUAUUCUAAAAGUGCAGAAUAAAGACAUACAUGUACAUAUGUGAUAAAAUACAAUUCUGAGGAUCUGAUUUUAAUUAUCCAAAUAUAAUAUUACAUAUUUUGAUGUAAGAACAAUACAGCCUAAGGCCCGUGCCUGUGGUUUCAGUGUGUAUUGGCUAUGGAUAUGUUAAGCUAAUAUCCGUCUCAAUACAUAAUAUUGUGUAAUAUUUAUUUAAGCAGUGUCAAAUAUUAAUUUU